AAACAAGCGGUUUCUGUUUGCAUGUACGAGAACUUCCUCCUGUCAGGCGCACUUGCUGAAGCGCAUCCUCUGCCUCUCCUCUCGGUCUGUUUCUUUAAAAGCACGCAGCCCACGCCUCGAAAAGCGGCUUGUUCCGGCUUGCCCCUUUACAUCUUUUUUAUCCUUGCCCACAACGUUAAAAUAGUGCCCCUCCAUCCCGUCCGUUAUGGUCACAUUGCACAGACAUUUUUCUUCCAUCGUACCAGGGCUAAGUAAACCUCGUCUCGGGCGGAGCAUGGACGAUGCGUAGCGGUGCAGCAACUCUCCACAGUGAGGCUGAGGCGCAGCUCGGGCUCCAUCACUGGCGGAGCGAUACCACCAUCUCCUCUCAGCGCUGGUUUGUCAAACGGGGAGUGUGUGGCUCGCAGUACCUGAGCGAACGUGUUCGUCAUAUGCUCGCGGAAAGCGGGGCAGAGGAUCAAAACUGGACCAAGGGACCUGUAUGUAACGCUCUGAGAUGCAGUGCUGUUCCACUCUGGAGUCAGUAGUUAUCCCCCUGGGCUGGCUGCUGUGGCUUUUUUGCAUCUGAUGAAGAUUUUUGAUGAUUAUUUUGAUGCGCUUCUGUGGAUGAAUAUGUUUAUUCUGGUGCUGUGGUGUAGCGCGUGAGUCUUCAUCGGCUCUGGUGAGCAGGAGCUGUAGUCGGGGCUCAUUGUCAUGCAUUCCCCCUGAGCUGGGUGACGCCUCCCUCAGCGGUGCAGCGGCAGGAUGCCGGUGCAGGCGGCUCAGUGGACAGAGUUCCUGUCCUGCCCCAUCUGCUACAAUGAGUUUGACAGCAGCGGUCACCAGCCCAUCAGCCUGGGCUGCUCCCACACUGUAUGUAAGACCUGCCUACACAAACUUCAUCGCAAGGCCUGUCCCUUUGAUCAGACGCCUAUCAGCACUGAUAUCGACCUACUACCAGUCAACUGUGCCCUGCUGCAGCUGGUCGGAGCUCAGGUCCCAGAAGUGCAGCCAGUGAGCCUGAGCAGUGCGGCUGAAGUUGAGAACUAUGAAGCGUGCAGGGCGUGUGUGGAAGAGCUGGCUCUCUACCUAAAACCAAUAAGUGGAGCAAAAGGGGUGGCGACUCUGAGUCCAAGCGUGCUCAGUCGGCCGAUGCAGAGGAAGCUAGUGACUCUGGUGAACUGUCAGCUGGUGGAGGAGGAGGGCCGUGUACGGGCAGUGCGGGCAGGCCGAUCCUUGGGUGAAAGAACCGUAACAGAGCUCAUCCUGCAGCACCAAAACCCGCAGCAGCUCUCUGCCAACCUCUGGGCAGCUGUGAGGGCGAGGGGCUGCCAAUUUCUGGGACCUGCUAUGCAAGAAGAUGCACUGAAACUCGUUCUUCUGGCCCUGGAGGAUGGCUCAGCAUUAUCCAGGAAGGUGUUGGUUUUGUUUGUAGUCCAGAAGCUCGAGGCUCGCUUUCCCCAGGCCUCUAAAACCAGCAUAGGCCACGUGGUGCAGCUGCUCUACAGAGCCUCCUGCUUCAAGGUGACCAAACGAGAUGAGGACUCCUCACUAAUGCAGCUGAAGGAAGAGUUCAGGACGUACGAGGCUCUACGGAGAGAGCACGACGCUCAGAUCGUCCACAUUGCCAUGGAGGCGGGUCUGCGAAUAUCACCUGAGCAGUGGUCGUCUCUGCUGUAUGGAGACCUCAUCCACAAAUCACAUAUGCAGUCAAUCAUUGACAAGUUGCAGUCUCCAGAGUCGUUUGCUAAGAGCGUUCAGGAGCUGACAAUCGUUCUGCAGAGGACUGGAGAUCCUGCCAACCUCACCAGCCUUAGACCGCACCUGGAGCUGCUGGCUAACAUAGAUCACAACCCAGAUGCCCCUGCGCCAUCAUGGGAGGAGCUGGAAAGUGUGAUGCUCGCUGUGAAGUUGGUGGUUCAUGGACUUGUGGAAUUCAUACAAAACUUCAGCAAGAAGAGCCACGAUACGCCACAGCCUCAGGCCAACAGCAAGUACAAGACCAGCAUGUGCCGAGACCUCCGUCAGCAGGGAGGCUGUCCCAGAGGAACCAACUGUACAUUUGCUCACACACAGGACGAGCUGGAGAAAUUUAGACUAAGGAACAAGAAGAGCAGCAGUGUGAGCCGUGUGUUCCCCUUAGCACCGGGAGUUAUGGGUAAAACCUUCACAAUGGAGGGCAGCCUGCACACUGAUGUGUCUGCAGGAGUGGGUCAGGGGCUCAAAGGCUCUGGGGAGAACACAGGCUCCCUGACAGAGGGAUCACCCAGCCUGACUCACCCCCAGCUGAUCUCCAGAGGGGCUGACAUGGUGGAGGACAUGAAGAGAGUGGUGCCAAAUGGAUCCAGUGGGGCGAACGGGUCCAACGGGCUUCCAGGCACCAACAGAAACACGACCGGGUCAAAUGAACAGAAGCAAAUCUCUCCUCCCAGAACUCCAGUCAGUCACUCCUCAGCCUCGUCUCCUUUGGCACCAGUUGGACGGGGUGAUGGUGUCACUUCUUUGCCCAAACAUGGUCCUUUCCUCCUGCGUGCACCACAUCCUACGCAGGCGUCAGAGCUUUACUAUCAGGAUCCCCACUCUGCAUAUGAAACCACCCACUACCAGCCAACCUCGUGUUCCUACUACCCGACUUCUCUCCAUCCUCCCCAUAAACCCUGCAUGGCUCGCUUCCUUCGAUCCUCAAACGUCACGGAAUCCUCCCUGCCCCCCUCGAUCGGCCCGCCACCGUCAUCCUUCCCCAAUGACCCACAGACGCCGCACCCACCUGUGUCCUCCUCUUCAGGGUAUCCACCACACCAGCCUCGAGAUCGUAUUGUUCCUCCUGCCUACCAUCCUCACCCAGGGCAGCCUCCGUAUGGGCCUCUGGCUCCUGCUCAUGGUGUUUACGCUCCUCUCUAUGACAGCAGGAGAGUAUGGAGACCUCAGCUGUACCACAGAGAAGAUGCCAGGAGUAACUCUCUGCCUCCAGAAGUGCUGCACUCCUCCGUCUACCAGCCUCCACUCAGGGAGAGAUUCAACUCUUUAGACAGCAACUACUGCUCUGGAGCUGAACAUCGCGCAGGGCUACACAGGGAUUACGGCCGUGUUCCUCUAGGCUACGAGGAUCUGUUUAGAAGGAAGCAGGAGCAGUGGGCUCAUCACCACCACCAUCACAACACCAACAGACCCUCCCAGUCCUCCCCCAUCUUCACCAUAGAUUUUGGAACCGAGCAUGUGGAGAACAGUGGAGGCCAGUGCGUUGGGUGCAGAUUCAGAGGUGAGGAAAGUUUAGCGCACUACUCUCCGUGGUCCUGUGGUACGAUCGGCCCCUGUCUCAGCCCGUUUGAACCUGAAACACUCACACGCACUUCAGCUCACUCCUGCUCUGAGCAUUCGGACUUGGACAGUAACACAGGAGGUGGAGGUGUUGGUGUAAACAGUGUGGGGAAGCGAUGGCUGCAUUCUUUGGAUCACUACCGGCGUUUGAAAGAUGAGGACCCCAUUAUUCCCUUCAGUGAGGGACCCAUCAUCUCAAAGUGGGGGGCCAUUUCCAGGGCAGCUCGUACAGGAUACCACACUACCGACCCAGUCCAAGCUACAGCCUGCCAGGGCAGCGCCAGCACCACGCCCAUUAACUUUAAAGAUUACAACCCGCACCUGGAUCACAGCGACUACAGGUGGAGCUCAAGAGGCUCUGACUCUUCCAGCCACUCCAGUUUCCUAGAGAGUGAGCUUCAAGGCCGUCGCACAUCCAUAAGCAGUGGAGAGAAAAUCGUGUCAGACCUGCAGACGCGUCAGACUGUUUUCAGCCAGGAUCGAGAUCAAGCUGAAAGUGAAUCUGACCCAGGUCGUGACAUCGAACUUGAACUGUGUGCACUUGACAUGGAGGAUUCCGACCACCAGGAGAUCAAGUCUCAGGAUUCUUUGGACCUGAAUACUCAACAGUCUCAGGAUGCUUCCAACCUCCUCCCACCUUCCUGCUCCUCUUCCCUCCUGUCUUCUCCUGUGGAAGAGCCCUCCCAAUCAGAGGAUCCUUCCACAGAAAAGCUGGACCCUCACCUGCUGAAAAAGAUGGCCUUCAGAAAGUCUCUGUCUCCAGGGGGGUUGGUCUCCGGAGGCCUGGGAGUCGGCAAACUGCUGCUGCGUACUGGACCUCCUAGUCUGGGAGAUACCACUUCCACAAGGGCUCGCCCUGAAACAUCUGUGGCUGAGAUGCUGCUCAAUGGAAAAUAAGGGAACUCAAAGUUUAACACUGACAUUCACCAUGCUAGAGAAGACGUGCUUGAUAACCAGAUCCUGGUUAAAUGGAAAACAACUUAAUUCCAGCCUUCAUAAAUGCCAAUAAUAUGCUUAAAUGAAAGUUAACGGACAUAGGAUCACAGCAACUGCACCACAAAAAGAUAUAGCAUAUUGUCCUGCCUUCUAAUUGGGGAUUUUUACCAAAGUACAGCUCCACAGAGAAUCUGUAACACUGUUCAUGCCUAUUAAGGUACAUAACCAGUGUGCUCUUAAGGUAGAAGUUGCUUCUAUGUUUGCAGUUUUCAUCUUCCUUACAGUUUUACAUUCUCUCCUGAUGUUAACACAGAUCCUCUUUUGCCAAUUCAACAUGUCCAACAGAGACAGGCUGAAGCUGAUAGAUCUUUUUGUCACGUUUUUUACAGACCAAGAAAGCAUAGACUGUAAGAGAAUUUAACAAUUUCAUGCACCCUUUGGGAAAUUAGUUAUUUCAUGUUAGUUUUUCGUUUCAUGUAUUUUUCAUCUUUAAAUACAAAGCUUUAUUAGAAUGUCCUAUCUAAUGCUGAGGAUUUAAACCCAAGAAUGCACGAUGCAAACGUAAUCAGCUUGAUUAUGUUGAUUCCUAUUGUAGUGUCCUGACGGCUUGCAGCAGUGUGACAUUUAAUGAUGCAGCACCCUGUUCCUUUUUUUAUCUUCAUCCCUUUUGAGAUUGGUAAGGAACAAGGACAGAUGUAGAUGACAGGGAAUCAGGAGUGGACAGGAAUAUUUAUUUGAUUUUUCUAUCACUUUCUCACAGCAGAGCUUGUUUGCUUAUAACAGAUGCAGGGUAGACAACAAGUGUGACCAGUGAAAGAGACACAAUGUCUGAUGAGUGUUCAGAAGUAAAUAUAAGUAACAUUGCUACAGAGAUUUUCUAAUGAAAAUAAUUUACUUUGUCAAAUUGCUUUCUCCCGGGGCCUGCGCUAUUGACGAUUUAUAAACAAGGCAUUCUGUCUCCAACGUCUUUAAAAGCUCAAACGCUCCUGUGAGAGAUUAUUCUAGUUAGUGAUUUGGAGCCAAGACAUGCACAGUACAAAUCUGACUGGUAGAUAACAAACCUUUUUUAAAAAAAAUUUGAUAAAACUUCAAAGAUACUGCAUGUCGGUAUAGUCUACCGCAGAAAAGCUUACUGUUUGGAGCACUCCUGGUUAUGGAAAUCUGCUGCAUUUAUCAGUGCUGUCAUUCAUGGCUUUACAUCCACUCUUUUCAAAUAACUCAAUAAGAUUUAGGGUGCUUUCACGCUAGGGGCCCUGUCCCUGGAGCAGAGUGCACUUGAGCGUCAUCAUAAAAGCAAAACCAAAAGUAAAAACAAAACAUCUUUCACAGCUUGGGAGAUCACAUUUUUCUUAAUGCAUGUUGGAAAACAUCGGAAUCUAGUCAACAAGUCGUCUGCACUCCGUCUAGACGUCUCCUGUGUCCUCAUAAAAUGUAUCCGCACAGUGAGGGUCUACUCUUAGCGGGAUGUCGAUGUUCAAGUAUGAAGAGUAUUGUUGACGUCUUAAAAUGAUUAAAAAUCCUUAACUCCAUGCAUAAAACAUAAACAGGUGUCACUCAGGUCAUGACUCGAGUCCUUGCCAUGGUAGCAUCUUCUACUUUCUUCCUUUUGGCAGAUUUGCAAACCAGCUGUGUGUUUACCACCACCUGUUGUAUUUAAAAAUGUACAUACCCAAGUAGGCCUUGGCAUGUCAGAUGUUGCUAAUGUAAAAGCAGGCCAGCAGGGGAGAGCGGAGGGGGAACAUAGGACCAUGGCGCUGCAAGAAACAAUCUUACCUAGUGUGAAAGCACUCCAACUUUCUCAGAAAAAUGACCACUUGGAUAAAAUCAGCUUGAUAAUAAUGUCACAGAAAAGAAUUUAAUGUGUAUUUUAAUCUUCUAGUUUAACCCAAACCCAUCUGUUAACAAGGAGGAGAUGAGAUUUAUGACCUACACAGCAGCCAAUCAGCAGGAGGAGCUCUAAAUAAUUUGGCCUCAUUUCCAGGCAGCUGUUGCCCUGUUCAUCUUAAUACACAGUUUUUGGCCUUUACCUUAAUGCAGGUGUUGCUUCCCAGCUACUAAGCUACUCUGAGCAACAUGAAACAAAGAAGUGACAUGAGUCUGAUUUUUUUUAAAGAAUUGAUUUGUUUCAUGGCCUGCUCCUUACUCACAUGUAAAUGCAUGUGUGAUAAUAAGCACAUUCACAUGGCAAUACGCUCAUCCAGUUAGAUGUCACUGGUUUAGUUGCUCCCCCUUUGUCAAAUAGUUGUGUUACAAAUUUUCACACACAUUCCCCUCUAAAAAAUCACAAGAUAGUCUUCAUAACACUUUAAACAAUAAAUGACUUUGUGCUUCAACCCCUCAGAGAAAACAAAAAACUACAGAUACCAGAGGUCACAUGCUUCACUGUGAUUCUUUAACAAUUCUUCUUUUAUGGUCAUAUGAGCUUUUAAAAGUUGACAUCUGACCUCCAACCACUGUCAUAUGAUCAUGUUACACAAUACGCAGUCAUGACGUUGUAAAUGUUUAAAUGAUCAGUGGAGAAGAGGAGGAAUGACAUCAAAAACAAAAAUCUGCUGCCUCUAACAUAUUGACUCAAUCAGUACAGCAUCAUUUAAGACUGCAAAUAUAUUCUUUUCAAAAUUAAACUGUUGUUAGAAGAUUGAGCUGUUUAGUAACUGUAUAGAGAAGCCACAAACUACUCUGAGAGCAUUGUUUCCUAUUUGUGUGCCUGCCAUCUUAUUGGCAUUUAAUCCUGCUAACUGUGAGUGAUAAUCAGCCCUACUACACUCUCUUCACUCGCACACAAACUUUCAAUACUGUGGCCUUUUUUGCUUUAACAUGACAGAUUCUUGUCCUGUUUCAAACGUUUUUCACAUCAACUCAGAAACCAAACACUUUAAAUAACUUUUUUUCUGAUGGUGUUUAUUCAGUCUGGUCACAUUAACAACAACACUGUAAUCAGUAUUCAAAGGUUUUGCAUGAAGCUUAAGCCUACAAAGGCAAGGAUCAUCACUCUUGUAUUUCUUGAAGCUCUUGUCUGUGCUUAACUUUUGAUUUUUUUGAUUCAUGAAUUGCUAACUUCUGUGAAGUUGUGUGUCAGGGUAUUUUGUAUCAGGAUUUUUGUUACUUGUGUUUUAUGUGCAAUGCUUUACAUUUCAGAGACAAAACAUGCUGUCUUAUCAUCAGAACGUUGUCAACUCAAUUCCUUUUUCAUGCCUGGCUUGGUAUUAAUGCGUAAACCUUAAUGGCAUGGGAGCAUUAAUCAAUUUUAGAUACACAGGAUUUAAAGACUGAUCACACCUGUUUGAAAUUUGAUAUUUAAAGCUCCUGUGAGGAACUUGCAGCUUGUGUUGAUUUUUGAGCCCCUUUUAUCUCUGUGCUGAUUUUGUCCUGAACACGAUUAAGUAGGUUUUUUUUCCUUUUUUAACCUGAACAUCUCAUGGAGAAUUUGUUCUGUUUUAGCAGCUUGCUGUUUAUCACACCUUCUCUGCAGCAUCGAUCAUAGGUGUUUAAAAUGUGAUAUAUAAAUACGCCGUCUUCAUGCUGAUGUUCCCUUUUCUUUCGUAGCUCAUUUAGAAGCAUCAGUAUUAAUUUAAUGCUCCUUCAAAACAUCUUAAUGUCUCCUCACAGCAGCUUUAAAUCUGUCAAGCCUCCUCUUUAAAUUCUUCUCAGCUAUGCUUUCCUUUGAGAUUUUACAUUAAAACCCAUUUAAGAGUAUGCCAUAAGGACUGGAUGUGAAAGAUGUCUUUAAAUCUUCAUGGAAAAAAAACACACUGAACAAUCAAAUAGUGUGCUAGGAACCCUUUUGGAGAGGUUUCCCUUAUCUUCCAUUCAACAUAUCUUGGGAGAAAUGAUUCAGCGUGACUUGAUGUUUGAAUAGUCUUUUACAAAAUGUGUUGCAGGGUUCAUUUCUGUGAUGAAAAAGCAAAAGCUGCUGUUGGGAUUUGGCUGCUCUAAGUCUUGAAUUUAGCUCAGCUGCCCUUCUGUUUACAACUUCACCUUUGAAGUCAUAUAAGUGCCAUGUUGUGUACAGUACAGUACAAUACAAUCAACCCCCUGCUAAUUUCAUAAAGCUUUCCAUAAUUCUCACUGUUGAUCUAUGAGAGGAGGGAAAAGCAUGAGAGGCCAGAUGCUUCUCUUGCAGUUCUGCUUUGUUCCAUUAGAGGGGGCUAGAUCCUCGUCUGUCUGACUCGCUCAGGGAAGACUUCAGUUGCUCAGCUUUUUUGGCUUUUUCUAUUUUCAUCACUUUAAAUAUUUUGUGAAAGUAUUUACCUGAGUUGACAUUUGCUUACCCAAAGCAUCAAUGGUUUACUUCUGAUUAUAUUGUUUGCCGAUGUUUACUUUGCCUGUAUUUUCUUUUUCCUCUCAGUAUCAAUAUUGGCUUUGCUAUUCCUGUUCUCAUGGGAAAGGGCUGGGCACUACUGUGUGUAGAAACAGUAUUGUAAGUAUUGAGCUAAUGUCACGGUGAUACUCCCUGUGUCUGUGGAGCACUGCUAUAGUGGCUAACUUACACCGCACUAGUCCCCAUCCCAUCACUGCCAUCGGGCGCUCUAUGCACCCUCUCCUUCAUCCUUUUCUUCCUGCAUCCUGCAUGCGAUAUAGUCCCUCUUGUGAUGGCGGAGGAGUAUUUUAUGAUUCUGUAGUUGUGAUACAACACUCCAAAGCGCUGUAAGAGUUCUGCACAUGCCCACUGUGUGGCCACGUCAAGUGCUGAAGUUUGCUUGCAGCAUUUUACUCAUUUGCUCUUGAAACUUAAUUAUUGUUUGAUAGAGGUUAUAUUAUAAUUAUGACUAUUAUUGUUAUUACCACAUUUAUUGGUUGUUGUGGUAUUUUUCAUUCUUGGUAUAUUCUGAGUCUGCUUCUUCGUUUUGAAUUAGAGAAUUUGCAGAAUUUUUUCUAUUGGACAAGAAAGUGUCUCAUUGUUCUUUAUUCUAUGGAGAAAAAAAGCCUGUUUGUUGAUUGUGAAACAUGAUGAACUGAUGUUUUCUGACUAUUCAUGUCUGUAUUAGACAUUUUAUUUGCAAAUCUAUUGUUCGAUUGAAAUGUAAAUGAACUAUGAAGAGAUGGUACACAUCCGUCAUUGUAUACAGUCUGGCACCAUCAUUAGAUGGACUUAUAGUAUAACGCUCAUUUAUACGACCUGUGAUAAUCAGAUAUAUUUAAAUGUUGAAACCAUUGGGGCAUUUGUGUAAUGUUUCAGAAUGAGGAAAAUAAACUCCUUAAAGAGACAGCAUAUCUAAAACGUCCCCAUAAUGAAUAAUACUGUUAUGUAUUCCAUUUAUUUCCUUGGAAAUAUCACAUUGUGAAAGGUUUCCCUUUUUACUUACUGUAAGGGUAAUGCAGAACAGAGUGAGUCUAGCCUAUAGUGAUAAUGAUUUAUGUGCUCUUAAUGAUCGAUGGAACUGUUUGAGUAAUAUUUGACUGACUGACUCUUCUGUGUGUUCUCUGACUGUUCAUCUGUAUUACACUGACUUACAGACAGCUUGGCUGAACAGCAUCCUGCUUCUGUGUUGCACUGAGAGAUGGAAAUGUGAAAAGUAAGAUUUCAGCACAUGAAAUUGCAUGCUACAAUUAAAAAGAAAACAAUGGAUAAUA